AUGACUCACAAGAACUUCGUAGAGUACACGAGCUUUAAAACUAGAGUCGGCAUCUACAUGGGAUUCUCCAAGCUGAAGUUUCCAUUGGUGUCCAUAUGCAACACCAAUCCGAUCAGACGAAGUCAGAUCAAUAAUACAGUGUCUUCAAAACUGCGAGACUUCCUUGCCCGACUCAAUUACACCCCAUCCUAUUAUAGCAAUGAUUACAUCUUCGAAUGGUUGGAUCUUUUCUGGGAUGGCAAUGAGACGCUUUAUGAGGACUACUACAUGUACGACAACGAUAUAGGCUUGGGAUCGAAUGUCAAAGCGGAUCCGCAAUAUCAGGCCAUGGAAGAGUUCAAGUCCCUAUAUGGGGGAGAAGACAGCAAUAACAAAGUUGCUCUUGGUCAUCAGCUUGAAGACAUGCUCAUUUCGUGUUCCUACGCCGGGUUGCAGUGCGGCAAAGAACAUUUUACGGUUUCACAGUCUAACAUGUUCGGAAAUUGUUUCUCCUUCAACAAUGACGUUAACAAUAUCCUGACGUCGCGACGCACUGGAAAUGACAACGGCCUAUCGUUAAUCCUCUACCUGGAGAAUGCGGAGUACAUUCCAGGCUUAACCAGUGGUUAUGGCGCCCGACUAGUGAUCGGCCAGCCGGGGCAAAUGGUACUAGCGGAGUAUAACGGGUUAUAUCUGUCUGCAGGGGCAGAAACAGAUGUAGGUCUGAGGCUGAUCAAUAUUACCCGUCAAGGAAAACCGUAUGGAGAUUGUGUCAGUGACUCCGAAAACAGGAGUGGCUUCAGCGGAUUUCCCUCAGACAAUAAAUACACCCGCCAGAAUUCUUUACAAGAGACAAUAUGUAAAGAAGCGUCACAGUCUGCCGACUGCAAUGAUCUCACUCGCUCGGAUAUGGCCGAAAAAAGGCGAAAUUUUAUGAAAGUGAACGUAUUUUACCUAGACAUGAAUUAUGAAGAGAUUAAGGAAGAGCCCAGUUACUCCUUCCCCAGCACAACACACCCAGAUUUUAUACACAAAGCCAUAGGCGUCUGUCUUAUAAUAUUAAUCCGUCUGUCUGGACACGUGGAGAGGCGACGAGACGCCGUCACGUUUUACAGCCGCACCCCCAGGACGUUGUAUAGCUGA